CACCGCCUCCAACAUUCCAGAGACCGCAUGUUCACAGUGACUUCUGCGAGUCUUAAACAGUUCACGUAAAUCUUGAAGUUGAAUGCUUUCUCUUCCGUCAAGUCGCAACUAUCUUGGGCAUCAUUUGAGUGAGUCUACUUCAGAACUUCUGUGGACAGGGGAACAGCCGUAGAGUAUCACAAUGCAUGGAUUCGUUGUGAUAAUUGCAGUUUUCACCAGUGUUGUCUCGCAAGAGGCAGUGGAGCCGAUAACAUAUACGUGCACGGAUGGUUAUGAGUAUGAUCCCAUUAGGCAAGUGUGCAAAGAUAUUGAUGAAUGUGCCAUUUUGUCUGAUGCCUGCAAAGGAGGCAUGAAGUGCAUCAACCACUAUGGUGGAUACCUUUGCCUUCCUCAGAGUGCACAGAUCUUUGUCAGUAAUGGUGAUGAGCCCAGUACGCCUGCUGACCCGAACACCCCCAGUGUGCCCAACCAGCCUACCCGUACCCAGACCCAGACUAACCGCAGAGUGGUCCAACCUGGUGGAGGUAGAACAAUUCGCUGCAGUCCUGGCUUCGCCCUUGAUGAGCAGAACCUCUGCAGAGAUAUUGAUGAAUGUACAACUGGCUCCCACACCUGCAGUACAGAUCAGACUUGCUACAACACCAGAGGCUCCUUCAGUUGUCAGUGCCAGCCUGGAUACCAAAAGAUUGGGGACCAGUGUGUGGAUAGAGAUGAGUGUCUCAUAUCCCACUACUGCAUGCACAGAUGUGUCAACACUGUUGGCUCCUACUACUGUGAGUGUGACAUUGGCUAUAAGCUGUCCAGCAACAACCACAGCUGUGUGGAUGUUGAUGAGUGUGAGGCUGAUACUCCCUGUGAACACCAAUGCUACAAUCUCAUGGGCUCUUUCAUAUGCCAGUGUAAUCAGGGCUAUGAGCUGGCAACAGACUCUGUCAACUGUGCAGACAUUGAUGAGUGUGCCUUCUCAAGCUACAUGUGUCAGUACUUGUGCAUCAAUAGCCCAGGCGGAUAUUCCUGCACCUGCCCGGAUGGGUAUCAGCUGCAGGGAACAAGAAUGUGCCAAGACAUUAAUGAGUGUGAAACAGAUCACACUUGCACAGAGGAUGAGAUGUGUUGGAAUUACUAUGGAGGCUUCCGUUGCUACCCCAGAAAUCCUUGCCAGGAGCCGUAUGUUAGGACCUCAGAAAGUCGAUGUGUAUGCCCAUCCUCAAGUGUGUGCCGCGGCAUCGCUCAAUCCAUUGUAUACAAGUACAUGAACAUCUACUCAGACCGCUCUGUACCAGCUGACAUCUUCCAGAUCCAGGCCACUAACAUCUACCCCAACACACACAACACCUUCAGGAUCAAAUCUGGAAAUGAAGGAGAGGACUUUUUCCUCAGACGUAUCAGCAAUGUUGGUGCCAUGCUGGUCAUGACCAAGUCCUUGAGUGGACCUCUUGAACUGAUUCUGGACCUGGAAAUGGUUACUUACCAAACGGCUAUGAACCACCGUUCCAGCUCCUUACUACGGCUCACCAUCGUUGUGGGGCCUUACCCCUUCUAGUGGUGACAUACUGUAUGCAGCUUCAACUUGUAUACAUAUCCAGUACAGUAUGCUACAUUAUAGCUAUCAAAUGCAGCAAUGGCAAGACUGAAGAGAUGGCUUGCUUUUGUGUGAGUAAUAUAAGGUGUGGAGUGAAUUUGUUGGCUCUAUAGACACUCUUUUCAGCACUGACAACCAAAUGAUGACCACAGGCUACAGUAUAGUUGUAAUGAAGAGUGUCACUUAUUUCCUGGGAGAAAUGGGAGUAGUGAACAAAAUCAGCUGUGGAUUGAAACAUGCGCCUCUAUUGUGUAGCCCCGGGCAAAGUAAAAUGUAACUACCCAGAACACCUUAUCACCUGUAUCUUUAUGAUCAUCACCUAACCUUGCAUGAAUUAUAGUGUUUUAAAUACAAUAUUAUAGAUAAUAUAAUAUACAAUAAAUUAUGGAAGAAUGUAUUGCAGUUUUUGGAAACAAAGGGAGGAUGUUGAUACAGUUGACAUGCUAAAAUAUGUUACUUUCAACUUGUACACUCAUACCCCUUCGUUAGAAAUUAUGCCUUAUUUUGUACAUGUAGCAGGGGUAACGUCAUGAAGACUGGUCGCUUUAAGAGUCCGACUGAAGCACUGUGGAAAAAUGUGAUGUUACCAGGAAUGGGGGGGGGGGGGGGGGGGGGGGUCAUUAAUGGUGUCAGUGAAUGACUGUAUAGCUUUUUGUGUGAUGCUUCUUCAAUAAGCUUUUAUUUCUUUAUGAAUAGUUUAAGAAGUAGUCUUUGUGACAAACUGACAAGGCAGUGUCAUAUCAGUAAGACUCUCCGUUUUGUGGGCAAAAGAACUCCUUGCUCCUUUUGAGACUUUGUCACCUACAGGCACAUUCAAAACACAGUCAGACUCAAACCUCUAAAGUGCAUUUAGAAAGUUACAGGCAACCAAGUGCUAACUUGAGCCAAUAAUUGCUGAAAUCUCACUUUGAUAAACCUGGCUUAUUUAAAAAAAAAAUAUAUAUAUAUAUAUAUAUAUAUAUAUACAGUAUAUAUCUUUUUGAUGUAUAUAUAUAGUAUGUGAUAUAUAUAGAUCUUUUUGACUGUAUACAAACUUGAUAGUGAAAUGCUUCCUCAGUGGUCCUUGACACCUGAAGCACUUUCUGUUAUAUUUACUCAAACGCUGAGUGUAAAAACAACUUAUUUUUUUCUGCUACUGUUCUUCUCAUUAAUUUCAUGAUCUUUCCUCUAAUUUCACACAAGUGAAAUUAGAGGAAAAUUGUGGGAUUCCUCAGCAUGGGUCCUGAUUUUAGAUCACUGUUUAAGUCUUAUUUUUAUCAUGGACGUAAGCAAAGGAAAUGGAUCAAGUACUAAAUUAUAAUGCUAAACCUGUUAAUCUACGCAAGGUUAUACAAUGAAAGCUUAUAGCGUAUGUGGGAAACAUUAAAGCAAACCACUUGCUUUAGGCCCUGACUGGGCUCUCUUUUAAAAAUGUUUUAUUUUGUAUUAAAAGUGCCUUGUAUUAUGGAGAAGAUCCAUACAGAAGCUGUUCAUCAAUUCUGUCUCCAGGCACUAAAUGGAACAAGUUUAAGAUGCUUAGAGUUUUUCUUUACUAGUGGUCUGUUGAAGUCUACAGUAUUGAUCACACACAACGAUCAGUUUUGUCAGAUUUCUAUGGCAAAUAGCAAAAUCCACAUUUUUAUUUCUGUUUUUAAAAUGUAUUUCUUACAUUAACCAUGGUAUUGUCCACAAUUAAAUGAAAUGUGUUGUGAAAAAUAACCCUAAUUAAUAAAUCCAUUGUUUUUCUACAAA